GCACUAGUGACGACUCCACCGGUGUGACUAGCUGGCUGGUCGAUUGCCGGUCCACUUUACAGAUGAUUCACCAUGCCUUAGCCUGCUCAGUGGUUUGCUCAGUCAGUGCACUCAAAAGAUGUUUACUGUUCACUUGAGGGGGAUAUAGCCUAGUUGGUCAUAAGUAAAACUUUAGGAGUGACUUCACCCGGUAUGCCUUCACUGCGGCUGCAGUACUGUAACCGUCGCUACUGCACUGGUACUAGGCGUGCCGAAGUCUGCUGCGAAGACGAAAACUUUAAUCAGAGAACAGGCCUUGGGCCUGCUACGUCUGCAUUGUAUUACUAGGCCUACAUCAUACAUGGCAACAUCAUGUACAGCACUACAUGUAGACUAGGCCUCCUUGAAUGCCUUUUUGUGAAAGCCGGCAUAGGCCCCUAACACCAUUUUCCAGUUAACAAGGCCAGAUUGAGUGGUUCCAGUCCAGAAUGUUGACUGUUAGGCAGUUGUUCGUGGUGUGCAUAGGUUUUGCAUUCACCGCCCUGACCAUCUGUGCAAUUUACGUCAACUCCAUUGGCAUGCACUCCAGGUACCAGAUGUACACGAGAAAGGAACUCACUGAACACUCAAGUUACGCAACCGCCAAUGGGCACAGACCAACAGAGAAGUUGCGAGUGGCUGAGGCGUUUGUAGCCUCCAAUUUGAGCUCAAUAAAAUCAAAUGCCACCGAACAUGUACUCGUCAGACCACUGGUGACAGAGAAAGUCCAGGAGCAGGGAAAUAAAAAUGUAACAGUGGAGACCAGCAGCUCUAAUCGGACGUCUGUUUCACAUGAUGCGAACAAUGGCAGCAGUGGCAGAACUUUUGCAAGGAAUCCAGUCCCACCAGUGUUGGUCGACGGUGUGCAUUCCAUGAACGGCACCCCAGAUCCAUUGUACACACACCAUGGCUACAUAUCUGUGCUGGACCACAAAACGAAGUUGAAUCUACACUGCAUGCAGUGCGCCGUCGUCUCCAGCUCCGGCCAGCUUCUCCACUCCCGCGUGGGCUACCUGAUAGAUGAGGCUGACUGCAUCUUCCGCAUGAAUGAUGCCCCGGUCCCCAGCUACGAGGAAGACGUGGGGUCGCGCACCACGGUCCGGGUGGUGGGCCAUGCAGCCACACCCAACCUCCGCAACCGACGUAAGUAUCUGCUGCAGGAGAGCUCCUCCCGCUAUGUCAUUGGAUGGGGCCCGGCCAAGCCCAUGCAGACCAACGGGAGAGGAUAUGCCUACAAGUACCUGAAGGACUUGGCCAAGCAGUUCAAGGAGGUAGACUUCUUUUACCUGACUCAAGAGCAGAUGGCCAAAGCCGAUCAGAUAUUUGAAGAGGAAACAGGAAAGCCAAGAAUGGGUUCAGGAACACACUUGAGCACAGGAUGGUUCACUAUGAUUUUGGCUCGGGCAGCAUGUGAUGAAAUCCACGUCUAUGGUAUGGUAAAUGACGAAUAUUGCCAAAACUUGGCCAACAAAAAUGUUCCGUACCAUUAUUACAACCAGUUUGGAGUGAAAGAAUGCAGCUACUACAGGGCCCAUGAAAAGGGGAAGAAAGGAUUUCACCGCUUUAUGACGGAGAAGAGCAUCUUUGCCCGUUGGGCUCUCGAACAACCACCGAUAUACUUCCACGUACCUGAUUGGAACCCGAAAUGAUUGCAAACCACCCAGUCUUUUGAAUGACACAGGCCUGCAGGAGCUGCCAAGCUUUUAACAAUUUGGGAAGCCGGGAAAAUAUUUGCUUAGCAAAGGCAGGUAACUAGCCAAAUUGCCUUGCACUAUUUAUUGCUUUUGACUGGUCCCCAUCUGUCUUUUGCUGAGUGAACAAACUUGCUAAGCAUUUUGUUUUCUAUGGAAUUAGACCCAGGUGAUCUUGUAGCCAGUUGAAGGUCGCUGAUCUAUUCGUGUUCUCCUUGACGGUUACUCCUGAGGGAGAAAAUGUUGUUAGUUCCUCUGAAAGACCCAGGCUCAUCUGGUGGCCGUGCAUGCAUUGGGCAUUGUUGGCAUGAACUGCGGCUUCUGCAUGUGCGUUCACCUGAUAACUGAAGAUUCAGUGCUUAUAAAUUCUGCACAAGAUUUCUUCAUUACUGUUAUAAGCUAAGAAUGAUGAUUAACAGAGUGAAAAUUUGUGGUUAGCAGAGCCAAAUGCCGCUUACUUUCUCUGAUUAGAACUGUGAAAAUAUUCAGUAUACACAUAUGCUGCACACUAUAGUGCAUAGCACACAGCAUACCGUACAUGUGUAGUAAAACAUGCAAGUGUAUGGAGGUCAGUGUUCUUUUCCUGGUUCAAGUGAGAAAAUUAUGCAGGUCAUUAUACAGAUCUACAUGUACCUCCAGCGAUUCUUGGGAAAUCAUUAAAGAUUAUCCAGAUUUGGGCCCGGGCUGUAGUGCUGUUUAAAAGGUUUGACAGCAAAGAAACUUGCACUCUAACUCAGCUUGUUUGGUUACUUCCCUCGCACUGACCUUUGGUUUUAUGACACGGUUAGACCAUGGAGCUAUAUGCAUUUAGACAGUCAUGCGAAGUCUGUAGUAAUAAACGAUCUCGGGUAACUUGAGGUGCUCCGACAGGUGAGGUGAAUUUGAACUGGUGAAAGAGUCCAAUCGCUACUACAUGCCACAUCAUUUACAACAGCGUCGGUGUCCCUUCACAUCGUUUGACUAAGAUGCUAUGCUUUGUGGGAUACUUUCCCAGUCUUGUGGGAUUGUGGGAUACUUCUCCAGUAGACCUUUCUUUUGUUUACAAACUCUGACUGCCAUUUUUAUAAGGGCCGCCAAAGUUUGCAGAAAGUUUUUAAUUACAUGCAUGACCACCGGUAUUUUUUGUAUGCUUGUUGAUACAGUAUUGAUUGAUUUUUGUUUUAAUUUGUUAACAUAGUAUUCAAGUAAUUUGUAUCGGUAUUGACAAAUUGUGCUGCUCCUCAGUGUCAUAGUCUACGCGUUUUUUGUCCUGAAUAUUCUUGGAGCGUGGUGCUAAACAAAAAUGUUUGUGAUUGAUAGUGCAGGCGCAGAGCCAGGGUCUUCCUUCCUCGUUGCAAAAUGAAUUUCCAUCCUGUCCUAGCUGCAUUACAGAACUAUGCAGGGGAAACAUGCUCUGGGAUGAUUGCAUUUUCUUCGUUGUCCACUUUCAGCAUGCCCGUUUUGCAAUCUCGAUCUUUUGGCACCGUCCCAAUUUUGCAUUCCAUUUACCUUCUUAAGUUUCAUGAUCUUGCUCCUGUAUUUGUCUGGACAGUUUCAAUCUGCUUCUCCAACUCAACCUUUUCCUUGGCUAGCCAUUAUGCCACUUUGACUGCAAGAUUUGAGUUGGUGAGAAAGAGACUUUCAGUGCUUGUUGACUUUGGAUGUAAAAGAAUUUUGUUUCAAGGCAAAAGCAGCAUCUUUCAAAAGGUCCUACUGAAAUAUAAAAAGUACUGAAUUUGAAUGUUAACCCUAAACGAUGCAUUUGUAUGUCGGUAUGAUUUCGUCAAGCAAUGACCGUACAUAGCCUUUAAUAGUACUGGUCUUCUUGCAGUACAUUUGUGAAUAGGUUUUGAAAAGGUUUUUGAGUACCACACUUGCCGCUGAGCAUAAAGCACUCUCAACCCCAUUCCUGAAUGCUGAAAAAACUGUUAUUAUUGGGGUCGCUGCAAGGACUGUGCUUUUACACAAGACCAAUACCAAAGUGUGCUAAUAGAACAGUUAAGUGAUUGGAACAGCUGAGAGUUAAACUGUAGAUACUGACCAUAUUCUUUAAAGGUGCUUUUCUUUUCUUUUUUCGUUCUGCUCGUCAAAAUUUACAUGUACAGUGUACUGCAGGAGAGGUACAUGUAAAGGUCAAGAGUUAUCUGUCCAUCCAUGGAUGUUGCCAGGGGAAGAUAAACAUUUCUCUUUCUGGGGAGCGAAAUGGGGGGGGGGACUUUUCAGCUGUGAACUGAUAAAUCAUCAACAGUGGACGGGUCAGUUUUGGGAUUUUUUUAAAAGGAAAUUGGUGGUUUAUCCUUGUGCAUUUUUUCCUUUUGUAUAUAUUUCAUUUUUUUGGGAGGGGAGCACUUUCCUUCUGCCCUUGCAGGGUGCCUAUGUAUCCAUCUCAAGUCGGGUCACCAGUGGGGGAGGGGGGGUAAGCAGCACUGAUCGAAAGGGUUGCCUUUUUCAUGGUUUGUUCAUUUGAAUAUCCGGGAACUUGACUUGCUGACAUGGGAUAAUGCGAUUCAAAUUCAAAGGACCAUGUAAACAUCCCUCGGUCUCUUCAUGGACAGAUUUGUGAUAAAAGGGCCAUGUAGCCUGAGGCAGCAUGUUAAUUGUAAAGAUGUUUUUAAUGCUUGUUUGCAUUGGCAGUGGAAAGAAUGGUGCAUGCUGUUCCCACAUUCUUGUCUUGAUGUAUUACAUCAAUGGAGGUCCGUUAUCACAAAAAAUUGAAGUAUGAUUCUGAAACUGCCUAAUAUUUCCAGUCCAGUCAGAAAAUACCUUGUUGACUUUGCAGUACAUGCCCAAGAAAUUGGCUGUGUGAUACAACAUUAUCGCCAUAUGUAGGUUCAAGCUGACUUUGUGUAAUUCUGAAAAUUGAAUGUGUGCACUGAUGGUAUAUGGUACAGAGCCUGCAUUAAUCCACAAAUAUCCAAAAGGAAAUGAGUACAGAAAAAGAAACAAAGAUCUUUCACCACGAUCAGUCAAACCAUAAAAAAGGAGAAACUUAGAAAAGAGUUUAAGCCCUCACAUACAUAUAUCAAGGGACAACUUAGCAGGAGGUUAAGUGUAGUUCUGAAAAGGUAAAAAUUUUUCAUGUAUUCAGAGAACCUUGGACUUGUUUUUAGAAUUUGGGAAGUUUGGCAAAGUUACUUGAAUAUCUGUGGAAUUUGUGUAUGGAUAAGGUGCAGACUAGUGAUAGUUCAGUGACCGUGUUUUUCUUCAAGGAUUAGUUUGAUAGUAAUCUGUUUCUUUUGAUAAUAGUUAUCAAUUUAGCAUAUUAAAGUAGUUGAGAUUUCAAUUUUAAAGCCACCAAAGAUCUGCUUUGUAAAUUGUAUAAAUUGUUCCAAUAUGAUUUUGUAAAUAUGUUAAUUUGAACAUUUUGAUGUUUUUAACACCUCCUAUGGUGCAGCUUUCAGUUACAGGAAAGAAUGCAAAUGUAUGCUGAUAUGGAAAGAAAUCUUUAUAUUUUAUGGAUGAAAUGUGUACAUUUCUUGAAUUCAACAGGUAAAAUAUUCAAAUUGUAAAUUGGAUAGUCUGUAAUUAAAAUACCAGUAAUCUGCAUAUGA